CUUUCCAAGAAUUACAUUUCCUUCCCUUUUCUUUUCUUUUUUAAGUUAUAAACAGAGUUUUACUUCAUCCAUACGAAAAUUAAAACUUACAAAAUAAAUUUGCUAAUGUGAACUUUUCUAGAGGAAUGGUAUUCUGUCAUCAUAAUUUUAAAGCCAUCAAGUAUAUAAUGAACACUGAAACACACUUUCCACUUUAGAACUUUCUCUUCCUCCUUAACAAACACAUUGAUGCAUACGUCUUUCAGUUUCUAACAACUUAUUAUUGACCAGACCAGUUCAAAAUUCUCUUGCUAAAACAAAAGAAAAUACCCACAUUUGUCCCUUCUCUUAUUUUUCAUAUACAUUUUUUACAAAACAGUGGAGGUAAAAAAAGGUAGGGUUCUGCAGUUUUGAUUAAACUCAUCAAGGGAAAGGAAAAUGACCGCUACUGGCAAAGAAGACAGAGGAUGGAGGUGGGUUCUUGUCACUUUCUCCUUUUUUUCUCUCUCUGUCUCCUCAUUUCUCACAUUUUGAUAUCAUAUGGGGUGUCUUUCAGUGACAAGAAGAAAAUGGAAGGAGAGGAUAGUUUGAGAACUCUGGACUGCCUAAGAGGAAGAUUGCUUGCAGAGAGACAAGCUUCAAGGGUUGCCAAAGAGGAAGCAGAGCUCAUGGGCAACAAGUUAGUAGAGCUAGAGAACAAACUGAGAGAAGAAACCAAAUUGAGACAAAAAGCAGAAAAGAAACUUAAAUUCUUGAUGAAAAAGUUUGAUUCUUUAAAAAUUUCUGCUACAUUAGAGGGUUUGGAGCAAUCAAGCUCAUCUGAGAAUUGUGGGUUGUCAUGCUCAUCAUCUUCAAGUACUUCAGGCCCGAAGGACACUGAAGAAUCAGUAUCCAAGUCUCAAACCUUGCAUGAAAUGGAAGAAAAUGUCCAAAACACCAUUCAAGAAAGUUCAAGCACUACUAAAGAUUCUUUAGAUUCUCCCCCCGACAAAUCUUGCCACCAGUCCGCUCCAAGAAGUCAAGAUCCAAAGGAAUAUUCUCAGAGUUGUUCAAACUUAGAAGCUCCAGUGGUGGGGAUAGAAAGAAAUGGAAAAAGAGAGAGUGAUGAUGAAGAGUAUAUUACGGAUGACUCGUUAGCAAUAGUUCCAGUGAGUUUAGCAGCAUCCCCCAUUGCUAAGACCAGUGAGUUGAAGAUAGUUAACAAAAGCAUUAACGAAGUUCUUGAUGCUUUAAGACAUGCAAGAGAAAAGAUACAAAGCUCAGUGGAGAUGAGAAGAGACAUAAUUAGGGUUGGCCCAACUUGAAUCCAUAUGAGUUAGCAGUAAUGAUGGUAGUUAUAGAUAAUACAUAACAUUAGCAGAGAUGGACAUUAGAAUAAAGGGAUGUCGUUUUGGCUCUUAAGCCCAGAGUUAGUAUUACAUUAAUUAGAUUGUUAAAUUGGUAAUAAAGUUAUGUGACUGUGAUCAUUGAAAUUGAUAAAAGAUCAUGUGAAGUGGGGAAUUAUUGCAAAAUGGUGUCCAGAUGAUCUGUUUUUUUUUUUUUUCCUUUUCUUUUCUUACUGGGUCCCAAAUGUAUGGCCUUAUAUA